AUGGCAAAAACUUACGAUUAUUUAUUUAAAUUACUCUUGAUAGGUGAUUCUGGUGUUGGUAAAACAUCUAUAUUGUUCAGAUUUUCAGAGGAUGCUUUCAAUAUUUCAUUUAUAUCGACUAUUGGUAUUGACUUUAAAAUACGAACAAUAGAUCUUGACGGCAAAAAAGUAAAAUUACAGAUAUGGGAUACUGCAGGCCAAGAACGAUUCCGUACAAUCACGACAGCAUACUACAGAGGUUCAAUGGGAAUAAUGCUUGUUUAUGAUGUAACAAAUGAAAAGAGCUUUGAAAACAUAAAAAAUUGGAUAAGAAAUAUUGAAGAAAAUGCCAGUGCAGAUGUGGAAAAGAUGAUCCUCGGAAACAAGUGUGACUUAGAGGCUAAAAGACAGGUAUCAAAGGAACGAGGUGAACAGUUAGCUGUAGAAUACCAGAUAAAAUUUAUAGAAACAUCAGCAAAAGACUCGUUAAACGUCGAAUCAGCGUUUUAUACUCUAGCAAGGGAUAUUAAAGCCAAGAUGGAGAAAAAACAGGAGGCGAGCAACCCCGCGGGCGCGCGCAGCGGCGGCGGGCACCAGCUGCGCGCCAACGAGCAGCAGCGCAAGCCGACGUCGUGGCUGUCGCGCUGCAGCUUGCUCUGA